UGUAAGCACAGCUGGUCACAAUAUAUAUCCUUCUUGUCUAGUCUACACACCAUUACCCCUCUUACCACUUUUGCUAUUCCCACCCAAAAUGACUCAGCUCUGACCAACCCAUUCCAAUCUCUCCUUUCAUAUUCCCAAAAGUUCUCAAAAACUCUCUUGACGUGGACGGAAAAUUCCAUCUCUAACCUCCAACCGUUAUCUGCCACGUCGUCAUCUCACAUUUCCAAACUUAUUUUAUUUACGUUAUUACCACUUCAAUCAUUAUUUUUUUCUUUAUAUAAACACCAAAACCCCUCACAAGACAAAAUCUCCUCUUCCUUGUUCUUUCUUCUUCUUCCUUUAAUAUACUAUUUCUCUUUCUUCUUGAAAUUAUGGAGGUUCCUGUUAUUAACAGAUUUAGUAAUUUCGACGGUGCCGGAGUUACUUGUUUACAAAACCCAUCUUUUCUUUCUCAGAUUGUUUCAAUUACAGCUAGAGAAAAAGCUUUUCAAGCUCAUAAUAUCUGGAAAUGGGGUGCUUUAUUUCUAGCUGUGAUAGCUUCUUUUGGAACCAUAAUUAGUAGAAUCAAGAUUUUGGUUAUUAGAUUACAAUGUCAUUUUUGUAAUAAAUCUAAUUCACAACAACAACAACAAUCCCUUGUACCCAAUUUUGAUGAAGAUGAUGAUGAUUAUGAUUUCACCAGCGAUACCGAAGACGACGAAAACGAUGAAGAUGAUAACGAAGACGACGACGUUUCGUGUUCUUCGUACGAUUCUGACGAAGCUGUUCAAGGGCAGAGUAGUAAUUUUGGUCUUCGUAGGCGGCGGAGCUUCGUGGACCAAUUCUCGUGGUCUGAUUUCUCAUCUGGCAAGAGCGUUGUUAAGCUUUGGGAUAGUUUGGGCCUUGGAUUGGGCCUAGACGAAAGCCCAAACCCGAAAGUGGUGUCUCUGUAUUCAUCGGCCGAGGAGAACGAGUCUGGUGGGCGCGCGUGUAUGGGAGUUUGGGAUGCGCGCGUGGGUGGUCGAAUCCCGGCUAUUCUGGCCGAGUGGGGCCCACAGCUGGGGAAGAUUGUUGGAGUCGCAACCAAUGGAGCUGAGAAGGUCUACGUCAGAGAUGACGUCAGCGGCGGAUUAACAAUCGGCGAUUUGAGAAAAGUUAGCUCGCCGUUGAAGAAGUUUUCGAAAGCUGACGUGGACGAAAUCUGGUGGGACGCUCUUUCUGGCUUAGUUUCGGACGAGUCAGCUGACGUGGCAAGACUUGACUCGGCGGCGACUCGGUGUGUCGACGCGGUUAGGUCAUAUCUGUUGUAGACAAAAAAAAAAGAGAGAAAAUUGGUAGUUGGUUAGAAUAAUAUUAAUAAUAAUCAUAAUUAUUAUUAUCAUUAUUAUUGGAUUAUUCACCAACAUAAAGAAUCUGUAAAUAUUAAUUUAUCAUCGAUGAUUUAUGGUCACCACGUAUAUUAGUUUUGAUCUAAUUAAUUGAUUAUUAUUAUUAGCUAAAAAAAUAAUUACAAAAUAUUAUUAUAUUCGUGUACAACAAAUUCAUGGGAACAAUGAUCAGUACUGUAAUAAAUUAAAUGCAUUAUUAAUUAAA